AUGGCAACGAAAUUAUUAACUUUACUCGUUUCCACUUUUCUAUUGCUGACUUUGAUCAGCAGCAACAUCAACGUGAUUGCAGAAGAGACAGAAGCUGAUGCCGUUGACGAUUUGAACUCAGCAAAUUUGAAUGAUAAAGCUAAUGGAGUUCUUCAUGAUCCUAUUGAUGAGGAAGAAAGUGAUGAAGACAGCGAUGAAGCAGACGACGAAAAUGAUAGCGAAGAGAUCGAAAAUAAAAAUAAAGAUAAAAAAGAAACCCGCAAAGAGUCGAGUACAAGCAAAAGUGAAGCAGAUGGCGAAGAAUUGAAGGAAGCUGUAGCUAAAGAAAAUGUCGAUAACUCACAAGAUAAGAGAGGUAAAAAUGGCGGCAAUCGCAAAAGAAAACGUAAUAACUUGAGAAAUCGUAAAAGAAAACAAGCAAUUGCCGAAGCUAAUCUCCAAGAGCUUCCUUUGUUGGAAAAUGUGAAAGAGGAAAAAGAAGCGAUCAGUGAAGCAGAACCAACAACAGAAAGUAUCCAAGAUCAAGCGACUAGUACCGAAACUGUGACGGAAGAAUUGAAAGACAUUAAACGGGAGUCUGAAGAAAAUAAAAACCAGAAAAAGCGUGGAUCGACUACUAAGAAACCGAGUACCAGGAAACCUAAAAAGAAAUCUGCAAAACGCAGUACUAAAAAAUUCAAGGUCACUGGAAUACCGUUUCCGAAAAAUAACAAAGGUAAAGCGGUAAAUGGUAAAAAGAGGCAAAGGCAGAAGCAGAAGGGACGAGGUAGACGAAGACCGAAGUUCGGAAAGAGCCUCUAA